GGAUACCCGUGCCAAGCUGGGGUAAAUUCCUGAAUUUGCAGCUCCUAGGAUCCUGGUAGGUGGUAGUACUAACCUAGUUCGAAAGAAGACAGCCACGCUAUUUACAACUCAGGAACGCGUCGAUGUCCACGUGACACAAUUGCUUCUACUUCCUCCAUACCUGAAGAAAUCAUGGAUGAUACCUUCGUUGCUCUAUCUGCUCGUCUGCGUCGACGCAUAGAUGAUGCAUUCGACAGAGCUACUGGAAACACCUCAAGAUCAUCAAACCCACCUCGAAAGAAGCGUAAGCUUGACUCAGCUCAGUCCGGUGGAUUCGCCGCUGUAGAAGACGUAUCACCAGGAGGAUUCUUGAUAGAGGAUGCUGGUGGUUUUCUACUUGAUGAAUACGAAGACCGCACUCAGUCCCCAUCUCCGGACCCUAUCUCCAUAUCACUUUCAUCUAUCCCAGCUGCACUUCAACUUCUUGGACUUCCUCCGGAUGACGAAGAAGUUCUUUCUGUGUUUCGAAAUGCUACGUCAGGUUGGGGAGCAAGCUUGGAGGGAUCGAGCGAAGUCAGCCGGAAGGACUGGCGAUCGGUGUGUGCUGCCCUUCUAGAGGGAGAAGAUGUGGAAGGGAGUGACGAUGGCGGGCCUUCUGCUGCUCAUUCCGAAACAACAGCACGCAGUGACCAGGAGGAAGAUAGUGGCCCGGAAAAUGAUGAAUAUCGCAUGUCCGUCGAUGGGGACAUGAGUGAACCAGAAGCAUCUGAUGAGGAAUAUCAAGAUGAUAAGCCUGCCGCUGUUUCUAGAUCGCGCAAACCCCAAAAGGCAUCCAAGUCGUUGCCCACCGACGCGGAGCUUCAAGAUGCUGGUCAAUUGAGCGCAAAACAAAAGGCUGAAUGUCGGGAGGACUUCGCAAGGUUCUUCCCUGAUGUGCCUGAUGCUGAGCUGGACCGUCAGAAAAUCAUGAUCAAGGACGUUACGCGCGUUGCUAAUCUGCUUAAGGAGAAGAUAAAGGCUGAGGAAAUUAUUGCAAUGCUGGAGGUGUUCUCCACUUCACCAGAUAAAUCCAUGAGUCUUCAAGACUUUGAAAGAAUGAUGAUAGCAACAAAGCUCAUAAGGUAUGGGCAAUAAUGAACAAAAGCCUAGUUACAAAGUUCUACAACUGGAGUGGCAUAUUACAGUCCAAAUGUGCUGGAUAUCAUCGCAGUGACAAAUCACCUAAGGUCCUGCCGUGCCAUAGUUCACAGGAGGAGCAGAACCUUGAUUGAGAGCCUGGUAAUGCCCGUUGCCGGUGUCUAUUACAUCAUAGUCUCAGCUGCAGUGCACAGGAUGGCAAACAAU